AAUCGUUUUAUAUAAUCAGUUACGCGUCUAGUGGAUUGCGGUGCGGUUGUGUCGAAUUAAAACAAUUGUUUUGUGCAAAAUAAACUAAAAAGUAAAAAUGACAACUUAUUUCUCAUACCCGGAUCCAAGUCUUCAAGAGGAACUGAAGAAGACGGCAGAAGCGAUAGUUGUUCCCGGUAAAGGUAUCCUCGCUGUUGACGAGUCUAAUGAGGGAAUCGGUAAACUCUUGGCAUCAGUUGGAUUAGAAAACACAGAAAAUAACCGGAGAAGGUAUCGGCAGCUUCUUUUUACUACUGACGAUGUUUUAUCAGAGAAUAUAUCAGCGGUAAUAUUAUUUGAUGAAACAGUGUAUCAAAAAACCGACGAUGGAACACCCUUUAUUGAUUUAUUAAAACAAAAGAACAUCAUACCUGGAAUUAAAGUGGAUAAAGAUGUAGUGCCGCUUUAUCUGUCUGAAGAUGAAGUGACAACUCAAGGUCUCGAUGAUCUCGCUCAGCGUUGUGCUGUAUACAAGAAACUAGGAUGUCGCUUCGCUAAAUGGCGUUGUCCACUAAAGAUUGGGGAACAUACACCUUCAGUGCAAGCAAUACAAGACACCGCACAAGUUCUUGCUCGGUACGCCUCCAUCUGCCAAAGUCAAGGAUUAGUACCUAUUGUCGAACCUGAUGUUCUUUUAGACGGAAACCAUGAUAUUGUGAGAACACAGAAGGUAACAGAAGUGGCACUGGCAGCGUUGUAUAAAUCAUUGAAUGAUCAUCAUGUGUUCUUGGAGGGAACAUUGAUUAAACCGAAUAUGGUAACUCCUGGACAAGGAUGUCCGAAGAGGAACACUCCAGAAGAAAUAGGAACAGCCACAGUCACAGCUUUGCUUCGAGGAGUACCGGCCGCAGUUCCAGGCAUCGUAUUCCUCUCCGGUGGUCAAUCUGAAGAUGAAGCAACUGUCAACUUGAAUGCCAUCAAUAACGUCCAGCUGAAAAAACCCUGGGCGCUUACGUUUAGCUAUGGACGAGCGCUGCAGGCUUCUGUAUGGAAGACUUGGGGAGGGAAAGACGAGAAUAUCAAGCAAGCUCAAAUGGAACUGCUUAAGAGAGCUAGGGCUAAUGGAUUGGCGUCUGUCGGCAAAUAUCAACCGGGCGACAUCACAACCGUUGCUGGUGACAGCUCUAAUUACAGCAAGAACCAUAAAUAUUAGAUAAAGCUUGUGUUACACAAAGAGAUCGCAAAAAUGUGUUUCAAAUAAAUUCGAAAAAAAAAAUAAAAAAAAAGAAUAAAUAGUAUCCU